CAAUAUCAUUUGUGAAUCCCUCUCACAGUGCUGCAGAUAGGGGCUGCCAACACAUGCGGCGCGUCUGCAGGUGAGGGAGAGAGAAAGGGUGAGUGGGAGAGUCCACGCUGAACACGCAGAACGUCUGAGAGGAAGGAGUUCAACCUAAACGCUGCGUCGGAUAUACACUUUUUCACUUUGCCUGCUUUAUUGUUUGUUUGUUUGUUUUUUUUCCCUUUUGAAGUCAGCCCUGAUUUUUCUGUUGUUUUUUUGUUUUUUUUUAUAUCUAUUUUUUAUUUUUGCGGACUGGAGUUGGUUCGUUAAAGAAGACGAGGAGGAGGAAAAGGAGGAGUGAGAGAGUGAUAGUAUUCUGCUUGUUGCGAGUGACUUGGAGGGGAGGAAGGAAGGAAGGAAGCAAGGAAGGAGGCAGAAUAAAGAAGCCAGACAGGUAAUCUGCUGCAUAUUACCUUCAAGACAUAAAGGAGAGGUGACGAGCUCCGCGCUCAACCCUGCACAGUGGGAUGAGUUUGCAACCUGCGCGGGCAUCUCCUUUUUACGCGCCUCUGAUAUAUGUGGACUUAACAUCAGGACAGACGGAGGAAGAGUUCAGCUCUCCCCUCUCCCAGCCCUCCUCGUCAUCAAAAAAGAAAAGAGAGAGAGAAGAUUCUACAAACUGUGAGUAAAAAAAAAGAAAAAAAAAAAAAGCGUGAGCGAACCGGACUGCAUUCACUUUCCGCUGAUGCUCGGGACUAUUGCACUUCGGCACAGUCCGGAGCGCACGGAGUCUCCCCCCGUAAAGACAGUCUCUCUCUCUAUAUAUAUAUAUAUAUUUUUUUCCUCCCCAGAAUAAAUAAAUUAAGGUAGAAGGAAAGAGCCCCCCCCCACCACCACCCCCCUUCCUCCCAUGCGUGCACUUGCUGCUUUCCACUGCAGCAGAAACGAGAGGAUGAAGUCUCACGCAUCCUAAAGAAAAAAAGACUGCGCUCCUAAUGAGAACGAGAUUGCCUUUUUAUACGCAGACUGUCAAUUAACAUCAAUUUCGGGACUUUUUUUUUUCCCCCCCUUUUAAAACAUUUUCCCGAGGACAUCUUUGCAGGACUGAACAAUGGGGACUACUGCAGCAGUGGACUGUUUGUACUAUUGCAUGCUCAUAUUGCAGCUCGUGCAUCAGCCCGCUGCGAGUAAGCAAGUGCUCCGGUACCGCUUGGCGGAGGAGGGACCUGCCGAUGUCAGAGUUGGCAACGUAGCAGGCGACCUGGGCAUUGUGGCCGGGUCCGGCGAGGUGACGUUCACCCUGGAGUCCGGCUCGGAGUUUUUCAAAAUAGACAACAUAACAGGUGAGCUCACCACCAACGAGAGGCGGAUAGACCGCGAGAAAUUACAGCAGUGCCAAAUGAUAUUUGACGAGAACGAGUGUUUCAUAGAUUUCGAGGUGUCCGUGAUUGGACCGGCUCAGAGCUGGGUCGACCUCUUUGAGGGGAAAGUCACCAUAUUAGAUAUAAAUGACAACACUCCGUCUUUCCCCUCGCCUGUCCUGACACUGUCUGUGGAGGAGAACAGACCCAUUGGAACCCUUUAUCUGCUGACCACAGCCACAGACAGAGAUUUUGGCAGGAACGGAAUAGAGCGAUAUGAGCUAAUUCAGGACAAUGGGGAAAACUCGAGGCGUUUGGGAUCUUCUGGGGAUUCCUACUCUGGAAAAAGAAGAUUUGAGGAGGGCGCGAGCAGGAGCAGUGUGUUUGAACUGCAAGUUGCUGACACUAUUGAUGGAGAGAAGCAACCCCAACUCAUCAUUAAAGGGGCCCUUGACAGAGAACAGAGAGACUCUUAUGAGCUCUCCUUGCGGGUUAGGGACGGAGGAGAUCCCCCACGUUCCUCUCAGGCCAUCCUGAGAGUAAUGAUCACUGAUGUAAAUGACAACAACCCGCGGUUCGAGAAGAACGUGUAUGAAGCUGACCUGCCGGAAAACAGCUCCCCUGGUGCGCCGAUACUCCAGCUUAAAGCAGCUGAUGCAGACGUUGGGGUUAAUGGUCAAAUUGAAUAUGUGUUUGGGGCGGCCACAGAGUCUGUGAGAAGGCUGCUGAGGUUGGAUGAGAGCACUGGCUGGCUAAGUGUGUUGCACCGCAUUGACCGUGAAGAAGUUAGCCAACUGAGGUUCACAGUAAUGGCUCGUGACCGAGGCCAGCCGCCCAAAAUGGAUAAGGCAACAGUGGUGCUGAAUAUCAAGGACGAGAACGACAACGUCCCAGCGAUUGAAAUCCGAAAAAUUGGGCGCAUUUUCCUAAAAGACGGAGUGGCGAACGUAGCUGAGGACGUGAUGGUGGACGCACCCAUUGCUUUGGUUCAGGUGUCAGACAGAGACCAAGGAGAGAAUGGCGUAGUAACCUGCACAGUCGUGGGAGAUGUUCCCUUUCAACUCAAACCAGCCAGUGAGAUGGAAGGUGAACAGAAUAAAAAAAAGUAUUUUCUCCACACGUCUGCACCACUGGACUAUGAGGCCACACAGGAAUACAAUGUGGUAAUAGUGGCUGUGGACUCUGGAAGCCCUAGUCUGGCAAGUAAUAACUCUCUUAUCGUCAAAGUGGGUGACACUAACGACAAUCCUCCCAUCUUCAGCCAGAAUGUAGUUGAGGUAUCCUUCCCUGAAAGCAAUGCCCCUGGCGAGAGGGUGACAACAGUAAAAGCUGUUGAUGCUGACAGUGGGAAAAAUGCUGAAAUAGCAUAUUCCCUCGAUUCAUCUGUAAAUGGGAUUUUCUCUAUUGAUGCAGACAGUGGAGACAUCCGAGUAAACACCAUCUUGGAUAGAGAGCAAACAGAGCGCUAUGAAUUUAAAGUGAUAGCUAAAGAUAAGGGCAUAAACACGCUUCAGGGUUCUGCUACUGUGGUUGUCCUUGUGGGGGAUAAAAAUGACAACGAUCCAAAGUUCAUGCAGGAUGUGUUCACCUUCUAUGUCAAAGAGAAUCUUGACCCCAACAGCCCUGUUGGUAUGGUCACAGUAAUCGAUGCUGAUAAAGGCCAAAAUGCAGAGAUGGGCCUUUUCAUUGAGGAGGAGGAGGAGAUCUUUUCCAUUGAGAAUGAAACUGGGACUAUUUUUUCCACCCUCUCCUUUGACCGGGAGCAAAAAACUACAUACACAUUCCGUGUCAAAGCUGUGGAUGGUGGUGAUCCACCCAGAUCCGCCACAGCCACAGUCUCACUCUUCGUCAUGGAUGAAAACGACAAUGCACCAACAGUCACCUUCCCAAUAAACAGCUCCUACACCCUCCUACCCCCCUCCAGUAACAUCAGGACAGUUGUCAGAACUGUCAUAGCCACAGAUACGGACACUGGCAUCAACGCAGACCUGAACUACAGCAUCAUUGGGGGCAACCCCUUCAAGCUGUUUGAGAUUGAUGGGGGCACAGGGGUGAUCUCAUUGAUGGCAAAGCUGGAACCAAAACACUAUGGUCUCCACAGACUUGUGGUCCAAGUGAAUGACAGUGGUCAGCCUUCACAGAGCACCACCACCCUGGUUCACGUGUAUGUUAAUGAGACACUUUCCAAUUCCACAAUUGUGGAGGCACAGGUGGCUAAGAGCCUGAGUACCUCCCUGAACACCAAUAUUGCUGGUGACCCCAACUAUGACCUCAGCAAACAACGAUUAAGCAUUGUAAUUGGAGUAGUUUCGGGCAUCAUGACUGUCAUUCUCAUCAUUCUCGUUGUUGUCAUGGCCCGUUAUUGCCACCCAAAGAACAAGAAUGGCUACGAGGCAGGAAAGAAAGAUCACGAGGACUUUUUUACACCACAGCAGCACGACAAAUCCAAGAAGCCCAAGAAAGACAAAAAGAAACAAAAGUCCAAACAGCCUCUCUAUAGUAGUAUUGUCACAGUAGAGGCCUCCAAACCUAAUGGGCAACGCUACGACGGCGUCAAUGAGAAGCUGUCAGACAGCCCCGGCAUGGGACGCUACCGUUCAGUCAACGGUGGGCCGGGAAGUCCAGACCUGGCUCGGCACUACAAGUCCAGUUCACCGCUCCCAACUGUCCAGCUUCACCCUCAGUCACCGACAGCUGGAAAAAAGCACCAGGCAGUUCAGGACCUGCCCCCUGCCAACACCUUUGUUGGCACCGGAGAUAACAUUUCCCUUGGAUCUGACCACUGCUCUGACUACAGCACUCAAACCAUCAACAAGUACAACAAACAGCCGUUUCGUCGAGUGACCUUCUCGGUGGUGAGCCAGCCCCAGGACCCUCACCAGCAGGGAUCGCUGCAGAGCUGCUACGACAGUGGCCUGGAUGAAUCCGAGACACCCAGCAGCAAGAGCUCUUCGGGCCCCCGGCUGGGCGCCCUCCCCCUGCCCGAGGACAGCUACGAGAGGACAACGCCGGAUGGCAGUGUCGGUGAGGCAGAGCACAUGGAAAAUGACUCCCGGCCCUUGCCUGACGUAGCCAUGACUGGCAAGUGCACCCGGGAGUGCAACGAGUACGGCCACUCGGACUCCUGCUGGAUGCCUGUGCGCACGUCGCCCGAGCGACGGCCGUCCAAGUCAACCACCAACCCCCAACAACAACCAAAGCUUUCCACUUUCAUGACCGGCAAUGGCAGCAGCGGGAGCAGUAGCAGCAGCGGCAGCGCGGAGCAGCCGGGUAGCCAAGAGACCCUCGCCAUGGCCGCCAUGGCCAACGGAGACCCCACCACCACGCACAUGAUGGGAGACCGCAACCGCAACUUGCUCAACAAGAAGAUGGCCUCCUCCUCUUCUUCUUACGAGGCCUUUGGCUCGCCUUCCUAUGGCUCGCCAGGAGGUGGCGAGGAGACGCUGGGCCACCCUACCGAGGAGAUCCCCCUCGCGCCAACCGGAGAGUACAAGCCCACGUCGUGUGGCACGCUGACGCGACGGGAGGUGUACCUGUAAGCUCGGAGUUUUACCAUAAAACCGGUGGCAUUCAAAACCCGUUGCGAACGACAGUCACUUACCCAUAAUUGUUGUAGUUACAGAAGUUAUUUGUUUUUACCAGCCACCCAAAUGCCAACUAAAACUUCCCCAGAGACGUUACAGCUACUCCUUGACGAAAACACAUAAGUGGACACAACAGUUUUACAAAGUGCUCUUUCUGGCCAUGACCUGGCAGAGAAGAGGAGGAGGAACUAAUGGCAAGUCUCGCUGUUUGGAGACAGUCUGCUGCCUGAUAGUCAAUCUGUAAAGUUAAACAACUCAUUUUAGAUAUACAGCACACGCAUGACUACUCCAGUGUUCCCUACAGAAGUAACUGUUGUUUUUAAAGAUAACACUGUAAAAAUACGCCCGUUUCGUUCAUUGCCCUCGUCUGUUCUUUUCUGGAAUCAGAACCGUUAUCGCAAACUGUUUUGACUUUGGAAUCUGCCUCGAUUUGGCCCUUUUUUUUUUUUUUAACAGUCCAGAAUAAUCUGGCCAAGAUGCCAUUUUGUCUAAACAAAGCGACUGGACUCUUUCACCAUCAGCCAUCUUUUGAGUUUGUACUGAACUUCCAAGCCAAGACAUGGCUGAAUUUGAAUAUUACAAGGGACCGAAAAGACUAAGCUUUAAAAAAAAACUGACCUCUUCAGGAUAUGGAAACCUGGGUUAGAAGCCAAUAAACUUUCCUGGCUUGGACUGCAGCUCCACUCGAGAGACAAAUGAUGAACUUUAGUUGACCAACCGCGUGAGAACCUUGCGCAAGUGUCACUCGUUGUAAAUAAGCAUCGGAUGCUAGCAACAGAGCUCGUGGCUCUGGUGCCCGACUUUUGCCCUGCUACCUUUAGUAAGUCUCUUUGUCAUUUUGUCUUUUGAUUGGCAAGACUGAGACAAAAGCCCACCCUGAGAAAUGCAAGAUACUUUUCGUCUACAAUCACAUUCCCUGGAGAAGCAUGGUUUAUUAUCUGAUCACCUUAGUAAGAAGAGCGUACGAAUUGGUGUUUAACUGUGUCUCCUGGUGGCAACUUGGGUUAAGCACAGUGUUCUGGCAAGAGAUUAAAAAAUCUUCAGGUGCAGUUAAAAUCUGUAGAUAUUGGGAGACUGAAAAGCAUACCCAUGGCUGAGUUGUCGUCGGAAAAGUUGCAAAGAAAGACAUGUCUUACUUUCAUUUGUGUGCGUGAUUGCGUGCGUGGGCGUGUGUGUGUGUUAGGACUGAGCAAUAAAUACCAUGACAUAAGUGUGACCAAUACCUUAUUUUUCACUCUUCUCUCAAAAGCCUUCAAGAUGACAUCGAUGCCCAUAUACUGGAAUCCUUUAAGCACUUAUAGCUGUUGCUUUUUUUUUUUUUUUUUUUUUUACCAUGAAUGUAAGAAUCAGCUCAGUUAGGGAACAAUCAAACAAAAAAAAAGCAACAGUAUAGCAUACAUGUGGACAAAUGUUGCUGUGUUUCUGUCGAAGUCAAACCAAAGCUUCGCGAAUAGGAUGACGCAUUACCCAUAGAUGAAAAGCUUUCUCCGAGAUCUUUGCUUUAAGUACACAUUACUUGUUUUGUGAAGAAAUGAGCGAUAAGAAUGUCAUGUCUCAACUAAACCACCCAUAUAAUCAUUACACCAACUCUUUCUACACACAAAUGUCAUUGUUUAGAUUUUGUGCCUCCUUGUGUACAUUGUUUUUUUGUUUUCUUUUUUUUUCCAGCUGCAGAGGCACAAAUCUUACUGUAAUUAAAAAGAGAUGCAAUGAAACUUUUUUUUUUUUUUUUUUUUGUAUUUUAGCAAAAAAACCCUUUUUGGCUCAACCGGAGGUGCUUUUUCAGUUUUUCUAAACACCCACUCCGGCAAUCUAUAGUCUGUAAGUACUACUCGUUGUUUGAAAGAAAGUGCUCCUAAUACUUAUCAACUGUAUACAUGAAUAUUUACUUUUUACUGCACGUUUAAUGGCAACUUACUUCACUUACAGAGAAGGACAGACGAUGAAAAAAAAAAAUAAAAACUGUAAAAGAAAAUGUAUAAAAAACAAAAAAAAAAAGUUUCUCUUGUAAACAGAAGCCCAUCUUGUUGCUUGCAUUUUACCCAUGUAAUGCGACUUUGUACACUAAUCAAGACUGAACUGUUGAUUUUGAUUUUCUUCUCCACCCAUUACCAAGUUCUAUCAUCGCCUCAUGUCACAUUUACUUUAAAUGAUUCGUUUUCUUUUGUAUCUGCUGUAUACCAUUAGGAUAGUCAAUUUCUCAUGUAUUUUUAUUGUUUUAGUCACUUCCAAUGUCACACAGUUGCAGAUAAAAUUGUGGAAAUGAUCAUGACGAUGUACUGUGUUUCACUUUUUUUUUUUCCUCCUUUAUUUGGUGCCACUUUGUAUAUUUAGAGUGCUUCUGAAAAAAGGGGACAAAAAACAAAACAAAAAAAA